UGUUGAAGUGUCAGGUAAUGUCAGUACAGAGAAGGAAUGUGACAAGUCUGAGGAAUACCAACAAUCCUAGGUUCCAACGAACCAUAGAUAGUCCUGGCAGAGACGUCCGCAAAUCGAACGGCAAAAUCCGGAUAACUAUCUCGGCAGAUGACACCAGUAACAAAUCCGAUAAACCCGGAGCUCCUUCCUCUAGUCAUUCUGAUGGUCAACACUUUCGUGACCAAAGUCGACUAGGUAGACCGCAAGAGAAUGACCGGGAGAUUGAUCGUCAAAGACGGUCAGACCACGCUGUUCCACAGAAAAGACAGAGCCCCCCUCGUGCUCGAACGUCAAAUCAUUCGAGACAAUUUGCAAGUACAAGCAACAAUAAUAGAGACAACCAUAGAUCAGUGACUAAUGAGGAGAUAACGAGAAAAAGGAGAAACGUGUACAGUCCGGCGAGAACCUUCAGUGAUAAAACUUCAUAUCGUAUUUCUGAUACGAAGACUGAUUCUAGGGGUCAGUUAAACCACAGGGCCGAGCGGAAUUGUCAGUUCAAAAGUGGUGGCGUAAGUUCUCAUGAUCAUAGCAGAUUGAACGGAUCUCAUGGCAAAAGUGCCAGAUCGACCAAUGAAUCGUUACAUAACAACAACCAUAGGCCUUCGAGAGGCUUAAACAGAGACAACAGACAGCAGGAAGUUCAACAUAGUGAAACUGUGCCAAGUUUAUCCAGAGCAAGACGACGAAACUCCUUCACAAAUGGUAGGAGAAGAUCAGAUCAUUUGAUACCUUCCAAGAAAGUUGACAGAUAUCAUAAAGUCCAAACGUUUAAUUCUGUCGACUCUAAAGCUGCUGCUGUAUCUCCUACGUCCUCUUCAAGUUCAAACGACGAGAAAGCUAUAAGAAUGCAACUUUUGAAGGACAAAUACGACUCCGGAUCUAGAAGACGUGAUUCUGACGAAGUUUCUUUCGUCAAACAGGAAUUUCAUAAUCAUCUUGACGACGAAAUUUUCAACCCGCCUUCAAAAGGAAGAAGACAAAGAGCUUCCCCUGUUGAAGACAAAUAUCGCGAGGAAGCAGUGUUAGAUUCGAGGAAACGCAAAUCGGAUCUAAAUCAAUAUCGUAGUACUGUAACUAAUGGUAAAGAUAGGCGAAAAGCAACGAAGGGCAAACCUAAAAAAGCUCUCGGUCUUAUAAAAGAUGAUGGCUUGGACUAUGAUCCUGUUUUGCUUAACAAGAAAUAUGAUGAAUAUAAAAGGAAGAAAGAUGAUGUGACUGUAAGCAGCAGCAGUUCUUCUUCAAAUUCCUCUUCUUCCUCAAACUCUUCCUCCACCUCGUCUACAACCUCCCUCGAUGUCACUGCUGAUUUGAAACGAUCUCGCUGGAACUCUGGAUCAAGCAACGGCAGCUCUAACAAGGCUUCCGAAUCAGCUGCCUCCAAGCCUUUCGGACCUCCCCUUGCAGACCCAGAUGUUUUGCUAAAGAUCAAGCCAGCAAGUCGGGAGAGCUUGAUUCGACAGAGGAACUGCAAAUACUGUGCCCUAUUCCUGAAGACCAAGGACGAUGUUGACAGGCACACCAUGACUCAUCGUCACAGGGUGGUCACUGGAGAGUACUUCAUUGAUCGUGAGUACCUUAUAGGACCCCCUUAUGCUGGAGACAGGGUACAAUGUACUAUUUGUAAUGCUCCGGUGGGAAAUGGAGUCUCUAUUGACAGGCACGAGGAUUCUAGUCAACAUCGACAGCAGCUUCAUCGCUGGAUGGCUCGUCAACAGCCAAAACCACCUAUCAAGUAUUAUAUUGAGCCUAAUUGAUUGUGAUCUUGUUACAAACUCUAGUUAAUAAGUUAAUUGAUAGAGAUAACGUUUUUCCCAAAGAAAUCCUUCAAUUAGGUUUUGCUGAACUGAUUUAAUUUUCGGGCUUUCAUCUAAUCAGCAUUAAUCUAGACGUCACAAUUUGUUAAAAGAGUAUUACAAAGAAUUAGUUAAAAGUUUGCAUGUGAUAAUAAUAAUAUAUUGGUAUGGGUUUACUUAAUUUUUUGAUGAUGGACAAGAAAUUGAGACUUUCUUUUUUUGGCUAUAAUAGUCAGAUUUAUAGACCAGAUGCUUACAAUUUGAAACCGUUUUGGUACCUUUUCUAAUGAGCUUCAUUAAGAAGGUGCCCGUGGCAGUCUGAAACCCGAAUGACAAGAAAUAUUUCAGGCUUGUCCACGUAGACUGCAUGUUUUUGGCGAUUUAGUAAAAAUUCUCGUGUGUAUUUCUGACGGUAUCUUCAAAAUUAAGUAGGUUUCUGCUGGUAUGUAUGUAGACUGUUCAAUCAUACCAAAUAAGAAAUCUAUCAUAACCAUCCGGAUGCAUCCGGUCUGAUGAUGGAACUAAAGAUUUCGCUAUUUUGAUAAGAUAAGAGCUUCCACUGUUACCACUGAUUUGAGUAUAAUUUGUCACUUUAAUUGAUGUAAACGAUCUGAUGAAAAAUAUUAAUUGAAAUUCUCUUAAUGUAUUUGUUACAUUUUGUAUUAUAUAAUAUUGUCACACUAAAUUGUCAUAUAUAUUACAAUAGUAAACUUUUUUGGCGGCUGUUGAACUGUUGUCAGUGUAACUAUUCCAUUGUCAUCUUGAGAGCUUUUUUACUUAAUAUUUACUUACUGGCAAUAGUAAAUUUUCUGUAAGAUCUGAUGUAAAUGAUGAUUGUACUUUGGCACUCUUACCAAAUUAAGAGUUGCAGAAAUUACUCUCAGUUAGGUAUUGAAGGACGUUAAAAGUUUGAAAACAUAGACUCUGUUGGGGAAGUGUGCCAUGUUUAUUUUUACAUGUGAUAUCCAUUGACCAAUCAUAUUUUAGCAGCGACCAAUUAAAUUUCAG